AUGCCGUCGAAUCCUACUAGAGUGGCGGUGGUUGGUGGAGGAGCGAUGGGGACUUUCUUCGCUCAAGCGUUGUCUAAAAAAGUUCCCGAUGUUGUGCUCAUGACGAGUCCCCACUCACAUGCAGCGGCGAUGAUGAACUCGGGUUUGGAUUGUGUCGACAGUGAGGGCAGGAUGUUACCUGCUCUGGAGGGAACACAACCUAACACUGUGGGAUUCCGAGUUGUUCAUAAUGCUGAAGAUUGCCUAGGUGCAUUCGGUGGUACUACACCGGAGCUUGUGGUGGUAGCCUCCAAGGCGUGGCAGUUGGAAGAUCCAGAUGUCGUUAAGAAACAUCUUUCUGGUUUACUCAGUGAUGGAGCCCCUGUGCUUAGUAUUCAAAACGGCAUUGGAGCUGUUGAUGCGUUAUCGGUCGUGAGCAAAAAUAUCUUCCAG